AUGAAAUUCGCUUUAUAUAUUGUGAUUCUCUUUAUCUUUCUCUUUCAAUGCUCGAAUGGCUCUAAUCUUAUCCUUCAAUCUUGCAGAGAGGCCUCCAAGAACGACCCAAAUUUGAGCUAUGAUUUCUGUGUUGCAUCCCUCAAAGAUGCCUCCUCCAAGUGGCAACCAGCACCCUCCAACCUCGAAGAUCUUGUGGGCAUGUCAAUUCAGCUAACAAAAUCCAACGGAACCAAAAUGGUUUGCAUAAUUUCGGAGCACUUGAAGAACAAAAGUUUUGAUCAAUAUAGUAAGGCUUGUCUAAGGGAUUGCUUUGAUCUCUAUAAGGAUUCCCUUUCAGCUUUAGAAGAUGCCAUGGUUGCUUUCAAGUUCAAGGAUUUGGACACGGCUGGUAUACACGUGAGUGCUUCCUUGGAUGACUCAGUUACCUGUGAAGAUCAGUUCAAAGAUAAGAAAGGUGAAAUGUCCCCUUUAACAAAGGAGAACCACGUUUACUUUGAACUCAAUGUAAUAUCUUUGGCUUUUAUCCAAAUGUUCCGCCAAAAUUAUUGA